AAAAUCCAAUAACAACUUAAUCAAACUUAUGUCAUCUUAUUGUCUCUUAGCCAUGGUGCUAUAGAAAAGCAGGAUUUAGUGUGUAAUAAUUGUUUUUACACAAUUUUUUUUUGAGACCAUUUUGACACAAUUUUAAUUACUGCUUUCUUCCAAAAGCUAACCUUUCUCAGUCCCAUUUUUUCCCUACUCUUUGACGUUUUAGAGAGAGAGUUGGAGUGGUUGAGACUUGAGAUUGAUUCUGACGUGAUUCAAAGGAAGGGAAGGGGAAAAAAAAAGUAAAAAAGAAGCAAAGUUUUUUGGGUGAAAAAUUCAGAUAGUAUAAAAUUUUGUUCCUCCUUUUUUGAAAUUUGUUCAAGCUUCGUUUGUCCCGGUUUGAGUUUUUUAGGAUUCCAAUCCACUCUUUCCACCUUUUUAUAUUGCCAACUGUUUCUUUGCUUUUUCUUCCCACACACAACCAGACCCCCAUCAACACAAAACCCACGAACAGUUCUCAUCAUUCCUCUCUUCUGUAAGCUUAAAACUUGAAAGAACAAGAACCCUGAAUGGAUCUGCUUUAGUUUUUCCUCCUUUGGUUCACAACAGUUUCUCAAAAAACCCAAGAGUUUCAGACUUCAACAAAGAAAAUAUGGCAGCUGACAAACCUAGCUCUAAAGCCCAAGCAUGGUUUUGUGCCACUGGAUUACCAAGUGACAUUAUGAUUGAAGUUGAUGACAUGACUUUUCAUCUCCAUAAGUUCCCUUUGAUGUCCAAAAGCCGAAAGCUUGAUCAGUUAAUAGCGGAGCAAGGUCGGAAAUCAUCCACUACAACAGUUACCAAACAAAGGCAACGUGAAACCAAAACCGAAAUCGAAGAAGAAGAUGAAGAAGAGUAUCAAGAAAAACAGGAAAAUGAAGAAGAAGAAGAUCAAUACCAGAUAUCUCUCCCGGAUUUCCCUGGUGGUUCGGAAACUUUUGAAGGCGCCGCCAAAUUCUGUUACGGCGUUAAAAUCGAUCUCUCCUCCUCCACUGUCGUUCCUCUCCGUUGCGCCGCCGAGUUUCUUGAAAUGACGGAAGAGUACUCCGAAGAUAACCUUAUUUCAAAAACCGAACGGUUCCUUUCUCAAUCCGUCUUUAAAAGCCUUAAGGAAUCGGUCAAAGCGUUAAAAUCAUGCGAAUCCGUGCUGUCUUUAGCGGAAUCUUUAGGCAUUGUUCAGAGAUUGAUUGAGUCAAUCGCUACGAGAGCUUCUUCUACAGAUCCGACUCUGUUUGGCUGGCCGGUGAAUGACGGGAUUGUGGAAGCUAAAGGCGCUUCCAGUCAAGCUUUAUGGAACGGAAUUGAAACUGGUUUGAGAAGAAAAAGUCUAGCUCGAACGAACAAUGUAGAGUCCUGGUUUGAAGAUCUGGCAUUGCUGAGUUUGCCGCUGUUUAAACGCUUGAUUUUAACGUUGAAAACGCGAGAUCUGAGUCCAGAGAUCAUCGAAAGCUGCCUUAUGUGUUACGCUAAGAAGUACAUUCCUGGAACGUCACGGUCAAAUCGGAAACCAUCGACGUCGUCGUCGGCCUCUGGUGUUUCAGAGGGUGAACAG